AUGUAUAACUCAAGUUGUUACAACCCAAGUUCCUUCAUCCUUCUUGGAAUACCUGGCCUGGAGCACUUCCACCUCUGGAUUGGGAUUCCCUUCUGUGUCAUCUACCUUGUGGCCAUUGUGGGCAACUGCAUCCUGCUCUACCUCAUUGCAAUUGAGCGCAGCCUCCAUGAGCCCAUGUUCUUCUUCCUGUCCAUGCUGGCCAGCACGGAUCUCAUCUUGUCCACUGCCACAGUGCCCAAACUGCUCAGUAACCUCUGGCUUGGCUCCCAAGAAAUAACCUUCUCUGGUUGUCUCACACAGAUGUUUUUCCUGCACUUCAGCUUUGUAGCGGACUCAGCCAUUCUAUUGGCCAUGGCAUUUGAUCGCUAUGUGGCCAUCUGCUUGCCCUUGAGAUACAACACCGUCUUGACUCCACAGAUGAUCAUCAAGCUUAUGGUGAGCAUUGUUGUGAGGAGCUUUUCCGUCAUCCUGCCAGAUGUGUUUCUUCUAAAACGGUUACCAUUUUGCAGGACCCGCAUCAUCCCACAUACAUACUGUGAGCACAUAGGUGUUGCUCGGCUUUCCUCUGCUGACAUCUCUGUCAACAUUUGGUAUGGAUUUUCUGUACCUCUCAUGACUGUCAUCUCAGAUGUCAUCCUUAUUGCUGUGUCCUAUGUCUUCAUCCUCCGUGCUGUCUUUCAACUCUCAUCCCUGGGUGCUCGCCAAAAGGCCCUGAGCACCUGUGGCUCCCAUGUCUGUGUUAUCCUCAUGUUUUACACACCUGCCUUCUUCUCCAUCCUUGCUCAUCGCUUUGGGCACGGUGUCCCUCGGAAUGUCCUUAUCCUAUUUGCCAACUUCUAUGUGGCCAUCCCUCCUGCCCUAAAUCCUGUUGUUUAUGGCGUGAAGACCAAGCAGAUCCAGGAGAAAUUUAUUCUUCUCUUCACUUGGAAGAGGCCACAGUGA